CUCCCCUCACCUCUCCUCCCCCUCCCCCUUCUUUCCCCAUCCCCUUAAUUCCCCGGCUCCUCGCUCCGGGCCCUGCAGGCCGCUGGUUCCUCCCGGGGUCUCCGCGUCCGGCGGAGAGGAGACUCGUCCCGAAGAAGCGUGCGCUGGAAGGGAAGUGGGAGUGGUGCUUGAAGUCGGCCACGUUUUAAGUUCAGAGGGUUUUUUUUUGACAAAGUGAACAGAAUAUCUGAGUCAUUACAUCAGACAAUUAGGAAAUUGGACUGUAAUAAUUCACCAUGGCUUAUGGCUUGCCAAGAAAGAACGCAGUGGAAACCAUUUUGAGGUGCAAUUGUUAUAAAGUACAGGAACCCUGGGAACUUGUAUUACUCACAAAGACCUGGUACACAAACCUAGCCAACAUCAAAUUGCCUUUCUUGGAAGAAAUUGCAUUUGGUAGUUCUAUACACCUCAAAAAAUGUAAAACCAUUAAGGAUGGUCUGCUCCCUUCAGCAGAAUCCAUCCAACUUGAAAGGGAGUAUGAAAUGAAGCGCUUGAAUAACCUGAAAUGUGAGGAAAAUGCAGCCGAGGAAAUUCAGUUUUCCCUAAGGGAAAGGCCAGUUGGUUUGAGAAGACCUCUCCCACCUAAGUGACAGUCAUCUCAUAGUUGAAUCUGUACUCUGUGCUUUCUGCAUCCAAAGAGGAUGAAGGGCUCUGACCUUCCACUGUGUGAAGUUUGGUGCAGUCAUCUGAAUGCCCCCUGGUGGAUGAGCCAGCUCCCGUGGGUUAAUUGACAGCUCUGAACAGAUCUUCUGGGUCCCAGUCAUGUAUUUGUACCUUUGUAUCACAGCAACAGUACUGUAAAUAAAUGAAAAU